CAACUUCCCUUCUUUCAACAUAACCACUCCAACUACAACUAAAAGCAAUUCCUCUCCUAAUCCUCUUACAAAUUCCUAUAAAUACCCUAAAAAAACAUCUCCAUAAAAAAAAAAUAUUAAUCUUGCAGUCAGCUAGCAACAAUAACAACAAACUCAGCGAAUUUCCACAAGUGAAGUACUGCAGUUAGCUAGCCAUGUCUCAAUUUAAUUCGUCGAUAGCGUUAGCCGAGAAAGUUUCAUGGUAUUGUGGCUUGUUCUUGGCAAUAAUGUUGGUAUUGAGCUGGUUUGAUCAAUACAAUGAGAGUGAAUUCAUAGUUCAAAUGCAACAACAUAUGAUGGUUAGGGAGAAAAUGCCAUGUGAUGAAAUUUAUGUGGUAAGAGAAGGAGAAACUUUGCAAACAAUUAGUGAAAAAUGUGGAGAUCCUUUUAUUGUUGAAGAGAAUCCACAUAUUCAUGAUCCUGAUGAUGUUUACCCUGGUUUGGUUAUCAAGAUUACUCCUUUCAAGAAUAAUAGGUAGAAAGUUGUAAAUUCUAUUGUUAUAUAUUCUUUUUUUUUCUUUA